AUGGAAGGCUUCUGGAGAAAACCUUCCUUUCCAGCUGAAAGAAGAGAAACUGAACAGUGCUGGGUACAGCCUCCUCUUAAGUACUGUAGGAAGAGGUGCACUAAAUCCCAGGGGUGUUUACAGCUAAAUUACACGUGCUGCUGGACCUACUGUGGAAACAUCUGCCUGGACAAUGAAGAGCCCGUUAAGUCCAUGCUAAACCCUGUGUUCUAG